CACAAGCCCGCGACACGUAGGAUUGGAUGAGAAGAAGGCGGGCUCCUGCGCCUGGUCUCCGCUUCCGGUCCGAGAGCAAUUAAUUUGGUCUUUCCCAAAGGUGGAUGGAGAGGCGAGCGGUUUUUCCUCCUUUUAGUGCUGGCGCCCUGUCCUCCACUCACCCCUCCACUGGGGUUUGGCGACUGGGUCCCGGGGGACGGCUUUCGGGCAGGGCCCUUGGCCCCUGCCAUGGAUGAAGGUGGUUCCCGCAUCCGCCGGCGAGUGUGUGUCCACAAAAGGAACCGUCCUAGUCUAGGGAUCAUUCUUGCCGCCCCCACCGCGGCCGAGCUCAUGCCGCGCGAUGAGGAAGAGGAGGAGGAGAUGGUGGCUGGGAGCCCGCGGCGGAAAACGGGGGGCGUGCAACCAGUCGAGAAUAAUGAUAGUGAAGAGGACAUGUUUGGUGACUAUGAUAGUUUUGCUGAAAACUCGUUUUUAGCUCAAGUUGAUGACCUGGAACAAAAAUAUAUGCAACUUCCUGAAAACAGGAAACAUGAUACAGACUUUGCCACUGAAAAUCUUUGCUCAGAAAGCAGACAACAGAAACUCAGCAUUACUACCGUGGGCAGCUUUACUGAAUUAAAAACGGAUGAGCACACAAAGAACCAGAGCGGGCAUGAAGAUGUCUCUAUUGAACGUGGAGCCGAUCUUUUGUACGAAUUCCCUUCUUCACAGGUUUUAUACUUUGAAAAUUUGCAGAACUCUUCAAAUGAUUUUGGGGAUCAGUCUGCUAAAGAGAGGGAUUGGAACACAUCCUCUCCCAAGAUGGUGAAUGAGGAAUUGCCCCAUAAUAGCAUAGAGCAAUUCCAGCAAAUUGAUCAGGCGUCUUCUCAAGUCAGAACUAGUUCAGAUGUGAAUAGGAGAAAAAGUCUUAAAGAUCACCUAAAACGUACCAUGACUGGAAAUGCCAAGGCCCAAACACCAAUAUUUUCUAGGACUAAACAGCUCAAAGAGACUCUCCUAUCUGAAGAAAUUAAUGUUGCUAAGGAAACAAUUGAGUCAUCAUCAGAUGACCUUGGUCCUUUUUAUUCAUUACCCAGCAAAGUGAGAGACCUUUAUGUUCAGUUCAAGGGAAUUGAAAAAUUAUAUGAAUGGCAGCAUACUUGCUUAACAUUGAAUUCUGUGCAAGAAAGAAAAAAUUUAAUAUAUUCCUUGCCAACGAGUGGUGGAAAAACCCUCGUGGCUGAAAUUUUAAUGCUACAAGAACUGCUUUGCCGGCAUAAAGAUGUUUUAAUGAUCCUACCAUAUGUGGCAAUUGUCCAAGAAAAGAUUUCAGGUUUGUCAAGUUUUGGUAUAGAACUGGGUUUCUUUGUUGAAGAAUAUGCUGGAAGCAAAGGCAAAUUUCCUCCAAUUAAAAGAAGGGAAAAGAAAUCACUAUAUAUUGCCACUAUUGAAAAAGGACAUGGUCUGGUCAACUCGUUGAUUGAAACUGGAAGGAUUAGCAGUCUGGGUCUGGUUGUUGUGGAUGAGUUGCACAUGAUUGGUGAAGGAAGCCGUGGGGCUGUACUGGAAAUGACCCUAGCAAAAAUACUCUACACUAGUAAAACAACUCAAAUUAUUGGUAUGAGUGCAACAUUAAACAAUGUUGAAGACCUACAGAAGUUCCUUCACGCAGAAUAUUACACCAAUCAAUUCAGACCAGUUGAAUUAAAAGAGUAUCUGAAAAUAAAUGAUGCAAUAUAUGAGGUUGACAGCAAAGCUGAAAAUGGCAUAACUUUUUCACGUCUCCUUAAUUAUAAGUAUUCUGAUACUCUGAAAAAGAUGGAUCCUGAUCGCUUGGUAGCAUUGGUGACAGAAGUUAUUCCCAACUAUUCCUGCUUAGUUUUUUGUCCCACUAAGAAGAACUGUGAAAAUGUAGCAGAAAUGAUAUGCAAAUUUUUAAGCAAGGAAUAUCUGAAACACAGGGAGAAAGAAAAACAGGAGUUGAUUAAGAACUUGAAGAAUAUCAACAGUGGCAACUUGUGUCCUAUUUUAAAGCGCACGAUCCCACUAGGAAUUGCUUAUCACCAUAGUGGAUUGACAAGUGAUGAAAAGAAGCUCUUGGAGGAGGCCUAUUCCACGGGAGUUCUCUGCCUUUUAACCUGCACAUCUACCCUAGCAGCAGGUGUUAACCUACCAGCUCGGAGAGUUAUUUUGAGAGCCCCCUAUGUUGCUAAGGAAUUUUUAAAGAGGAAUCAAUAUAAACAGAUGAUUGGUAGAGCUGGCCGUGCUGGAAUAGACUCUACUGGGGAGAGUAUCCUUAUAUUGCAAGAAAAAGACAAGCAACAGGUAUUGGAAUUAAUAAGCAGACCGUUGGAAAGCUGUUAUAGCCAUCUUGUUCAAGAAUCCUCCAAAGGAAUCCAAGCUUUGUUUCUCUCUUUGAUUGGUUUAAAGAUUGCAACAAAUCUUGGUGACAUAUAUCACUUUAUGAGUGGUACAUUUUUGGGUGUUCAGCAAAAGAUUUUGUUGAAAGAAAAAAGUCUCCAGGAAAUAACUGUUGAAUCACUUCGAUACCUGACAGAAAAAGGACUCCUACAAAAAGACACUAUUUUGACAGAAAAUGGACUUAUACAAAAAGAUGUUAUUUAUAAAUCUGAAGAAGAGUUCCAAUAUAGUUUUCAUAUUACAAAGUUGGGAAAAGCUUCUUUCAAGGGCACUAUAGAUUUGGCUUAUUGUGACAUUCUCUACAAAGACUUGAAGAAAGGUCUUGAAGGCCUUGUGCUUGAAAGCCUUCUUCAUCUGAUUUACCUAACCACUCCCUAUGAUAUGGCUUCUCAGUGUGACCCUGAUUGGAUGAUAUACUUCAGACAGUUUAACCAGCUCAGCCCAGCAGAACAAAAUGCAGCUAAUCUUAUUGGAGUCUCGGAAAACUAUAUUGGGAAAAAAGCAUCAGGUCAAGCUAUCAAGAAGAAGGUGGACAAGGACAUUAUCAACAGACUCUACCUGUCCUUUGUUCUUUAUACCUUGCUCAAAGAGACCAACAUUUGGAGUGUGUCUGAAAAAUUUAAUAUGCCUCGAGGAUAUAUACAGAAUCUUCUCACUGCAGCUGCCACAUUCUCAUCUUGUGUGUUACAUUUCUGUGAGGAACUUGAGGAGUUUUGGGUUUACAAAGCCCUUUUGGUAGAACUUACCAAGAAGCUGACUUACUGUGUGAAGGCAGAGCUAAUUCCUCUCAUGGAAGUGACUGGAGUUUUAGAGGGUCGAGCAAAACAGUUAUACAAUGCAGGUUAUAAAAGUCUAACGCACUUAGCUAAUGCAAAUCCUGAAGUGCUAAUAAAAACAAUUGAUCAUUUAUCAAGACGGCAGGCCAAGCAAAUUGUUUCAUCAGCAAAGAUGCUCUUGCAUGAAAAAGCAGAUGCUCUGCAGGAAGAAGUAGAAGAGCUGCUGAGAUUGCCUUCUGACUUCCCUGGUAUUGUGGUCUCUCCAAUGGAAAAAGCAUGAAGCGAUCUAAUGAACGUUUUCAUAUAUGAAUUAUUUAUUGUACAUAUGUUUUAUUAAAGAUUCCAUAUAAUUUAUAAAUGAAAAAAUACA